GUAGCAUCCAAGUACACUUCACAAUGGCAGACCCCCUCACAGCCGCCGCCAUCGGCGCAGGCGCCCUCACGUUGGCCACCUACCUCGACGCCAAAUUCCACAUCCGCCAUGAUCUCCACACGUUCCUGUACUCGCGCAACGCACGCAGCGCGCGCAAGUACAUCGAGCAGCGAGCACAGCAGGACCGACUGCUCCUCUACCACGUGCUGGAAGACCAGGUCGCGAACCCCGCGAUCGCAGAUAAUACCUUUCUGGUCUUCGCGGCGGAUGGGCGGCAGUGGACGUACCGCGAGUUCCUUGCGGACGUGAACAGGGUUGCGAACUGGUUGUUAAAGGAGACAGAUCUAGCGAAAGGCGAACUCGUUGCGCUGGACGGGCUGAAUAGUCCCGAGUUUCUGAUUCUUUGGCUUGCGCUUGAUGCCAUCGGGGCGUGUCCGUCUUUGGUUAAUCAUAGUUUGACGGGCGAGUCGCUAGUGCAUUGUUUGAAGCUCUGCGAAGCACGCUACUGCCUCGCCGACUCGCAACUGCGACCCCGCGUCGACCCCGUCGCACCCGAAUGUCCCUCUUGCAAAAUCAUUUACUACUCACCCGAGCUCUUCGCCAGUUUGGACUUUCCCAAAACUGCGCCCCCCGAGGAACGACGCACGGGUAUAGCUCCGGACUCCAUCAAGACCCUCCUGUACACCAGCGGCACGACGGGCCUCCCAAAGGCCGUGAUCUUCGCAGCCGCGUCCGAGCUAUACACGGGGCGCGCCAUGGCAACUCACCUGGGCCUCCGGCCCGAGACACGAUUCUAUACGUGUUUGCCGCUGUUCCACGGCGCCGCGCAUGGGUUGGGCGUUGGCCCCGUGCUUCAUGCGGGGUGUACGCUGAUUCUAGGGAAGAAAUUCUCGCACUCAACCUUCUGGCCCGAGGUUACGAGACACAAAGCCGACAUCAUCCAAUACGUCGGCGAACUCUGCCGGUACCUGCUCAACGCGCCUCCCAGCGCGCUGGACCGCGCUCACGGAGUAAAGAUGGCCUGGGGCAACGGGAUGCGGCCCGACGUGUGGGAGCCGUUCCGGCAGCGCUUUAACAUCCCCAUCAUCCACGAGCUCUACGCAGCCUCGGACGGGAUGGGCGCGACGUUUAACGCCAAUCGAGGGGAGUUUAGCGCACACGCAAUUGGGGUUAGGGGGUUGCUUUGGAAGAUGCUUGCGGGGUUCCGGGAGAAGAUUGUGGAGAUUGAUAUUGAUACGCAGGAGAUUAUCCGCGAGGGGGGGUUUGCGAGGGAGUGCAAGGUCGGUGCACCUGGGGAGGUUAUCCACUGGAUUGAUCCGGAGAACCCGCGCGCGCAGUUCGAGGGGUAUUACAAGAACGACACGGCCACGGAGAAGCGGUUCAUCCGCGAUGUCUUGAAGAAGGGUGACCUGUGGUUCCGGUCCGGGGAUAUGAUGAAGCAGGACAGUGAGGGGCGGGUCUAUUUCGUGGAUCGACUGGGCGAUACCUUCCGCUGGAAAUCAGAGAACGUCUCGACGAACGAAGUGUCCGAUCUGUUAGGGAAAUUCCCCUUGAUUGCAGAGUGCAAUGUGUAUGGGGUGCUGGUGCCCCAUGCUGACGGACGAGCGGGUUGCGCAGCCAUUGUUCUGGCGGAGGGGGUCGUGGAGAGCGAGUUUGAUUUUGGGGCUUUGGCAGAACAUGCAUUACGGGUGUUGCCAAGGUAUGCAGUUCCGAUCUUUCUGCGGAUCACGCCAGCCCUUGGGUAUACGAGCACAAUGAAGAUGCAAAAGGGGAAACUGCGGCAAGAGGGGUGUGAUGUGGCACUGGUGGAGAGGGCUGGGGAUAAGAUGUACUGGCUCCCGCCACAUGCGGUGUCCUAUAUCCCUUUUACCGCGCAGGAUUAUCAAAAGCUGCAGGGUGGAGAGGUGCGACUAUAGCGAUAGAACUCCGAGCAAGACAAAUACUCUAAGCA